CAACCCCCCACACACCGACCCCAACCCCCCAGAAGACACACACACAGCCCUCCCGCCUCCCACACCCAUCCUCCAGCCCUCAUUGGCCACGGAGGGUUCCGAGGGCUCUGAGCCAGCCAAUGAGAUGGCAGGAGAGGAAGUGACCAGGGACGACAGAGAUGAGGCUCCUAUUGACCGAUCAGGGGGCGGCGUGGAGGAUCAGGUGACCGAGUGUGGCCAAUUGGUGAGCCUGGAGGCGGAGACUACUGCUGCUCCCGAGGGGGAAGAAGAGGACUCUCUUCAGGCCAAGGGGAAGGGUUGGGGUGGAUGGGGCUCCUGGGGGAAGUCUCUACUGACCAGCGCUACGUCUACUGUGGGUAACAGUCUAACUUCAGUAAAGGAGAAGGCCGGGGCUCUGCGUCUCCACAGGACCUCAGUAGGAGAGGAAGCACGAGAGGAAGAGGAGGAGGAGGAGGGAGGAGAGGAGGAGGAGGAGGAUAGCUGUCCUCAGUCAGCCCUGGCCACUACUCCACCACCAAGCAGAGGAGUACUGUCUACCAUCACAUACGCUGGGAAGUCAGUGAUCAGUGGUGGUCUUGAUGCCUUGGAGUUCAUCGGGAAGAGAACCAUGACAGUUCUGGCGGAGAGCGACCCUGGCUUCAGGAAGACCAAGAUACUAAUGCAGAGGACUGUCUCACUCAGCCAGAUGCUGAAGGAUGCCAAGGAGAAGGAGAGGGCUCGUCUCAGCUGCCAGCCAAUCAGUGAGCCCACAGCUCACUACGGAAUCCUGUUUGACGACUACCAGGGCCUAUCACACCUAGAGGCUCUGGAGAUACUGGCCAAUGAGAGUGAGGCUCAGGUCCAGUCGUUCUUCUCCUCCCUAGAAGAGGAAGAUCAGGAGGAGAGGAAGAAAGAACUGAUUGCCAUCAAGGACAUCUUCAUCAGCCACGCGGAAGAGGAGGAGGAGGAGGGAGAGGAGGAGGGAGAGGAGGAGGGAGAGAAGGAGGGAGAGAUUAUGGAAAAGGGUGAUCUAAGUCCCCAGCGUUCUACCCCUCUGUCUGCCGAUGGGGAGGAGUUUGAGAGUGUUCUGACUGAGCUACUGUUUGAUCUUCACAUCGCUGCCACCCCAGACAAACUCAACAAGGCCAGGAUGAGGGCGCACGAUUGGGUGAGAGAGGUGGAGAAACACGUCGCCACGGAUACCAUCGGGGGGGCGACGGAGGAGGAGCAAAGAGGAGAACCUGAAAUAAGAGGAGGAGGAGGAGGAGAAGAGAAGGGGGAGGAGAUGGAGGAGAGGAAAGAGGGGGAGAGCCGUUCCAGAUCUGUAGAGGCAGUGUACCUGUCUUCAGUGGGUUCCCUGGCGGAGGUGACAGCCCGCAGUAUCGAGCAGCUCCACAAGGUGGCAGAGUUGAUCCUCCACGGACAGGACCAGGAGAAACCUGCUAGAGACCAGGCUCACAUACUCACCAGGUUGACGUGUGCCAUGUGUAGGGAGGUGGACUGUCUUGCCAGGAAGUUCUCUGACACUCUGCUCACUGUCGGGGGUCAGAGAAAAGCGGAAGAGUUGAACCCGUUGGUAGACAGUGUGCUGCUUGAGGGUUCUAACAGCACCACAUACAUCCAGAACGCCUUCCAGCUCCUCCUCCCGGUUCUCCAGAUGUCGCACAUCCAGACCCAGAACUCUAAAACCCAGACGGAACCACAGCCCUAACCCUGUCUUAACCUCCGGAAACACACCUCUUUCUGCUGAAGUGCAACUAGCACACCAGCUAGUCUUAAUGAUGUAACUAUGUACAGUGAGAUCAUUUGAUAUUUAUCAAUAACAGUGAUACUGAAGAAAAGUAAACUACUAGGUGCCAUGGUAACAGACUGCCUAGCGGUGCCAUGGUAACAGACUGACUAGCGGUGCCAUGGUAACAGACUGACUAGCGUAUCUUUAAACUGUUGCAUAAUGCAGUAACAUUAGUAUAGAUUCAUGUGGGAAACCUCUUAACAACUUCUCAGAUUGAAGCGCUUGUAUUCGUGUCUAGUACUUAUCUCCAAAUGGACUAUUUUAUUAUAUACAUUAUUUUUUGCUGAGUAUUGUUCGAAGAUAAAUCUAAACAUGAUCAUGUUAAUUGGCUAAUUUAACUGGCUUAUCCGUGUCACUAGAUUAUGUCUUGUCGAUUUAAAAAGCUAAACCAAAAAACGGGGUAAAUUUUUGGGGGGAUUGUCACAUACAGCAGAUGAUAGGUCCAGUGUAAUGUGUUGUUUUACAGGGUCAGCCAUAGUAGUAUGAUAGGUGCAGUGUAAUGUGUUGU